UUUAGGUAUCACGUGGAAAAGUAAAUUCCAUAUAGUGAAUCGUACUCAUCACAUGCGGGUCUACCGAACAGACAUACGUAGUAGGAAGAGAAAAGAAAUGCUUCUCGGGUCAUUAAUAUUGAUUACUAGUAUUUUCUCAACAAAUGGAGCUGUCAUUCAAAUACCAGGAAACGUUAAAAGUCCAGUGCCACGAAAGUUUGAUCAAGAAGAAACCAUACUUCAAAAUUCCGGACGGCAGUUAGUAUUUCAAAACCCUGAACAAGUGCUAUUCAAUAAUCCGGAACAACAAGAAGUAAUAUUUCAACCGGAACAGCAAGGUGUUGCGAUAUUCGAGAACUCUCGACAAAAGUUGGACCAAGACCAAAUUAACGACGAUUAUUUUACCUCCGAUGUUUCCAAUGCCGCAGGACAGGAAACCGAUUUUACGAUUAGCUGCAUUGGAUCUAACAGGAUCUGUACUAGCAAAAACGAUUGUGUCAAUGGUUAUAUUCGCUUGAAUAAAGGUAUCACUUAUUCGUCACCUGCUCAGUCUCAAGAAUGUAGAAUAUUCGACCAAGCCUGUUGCACAAUUGUGAAAGAACCUCAAGGAGAAGUCCACACAUCUGAAGAUUUUGUUAAUUGUACUUUCGUAAUUCCAACCCACGUGCAGCUUGGGUGUGCUGCAGCUCUACUGUGCGUUGAAGAAAGAUUUUGCACGAUAGAUGGCACGAUUAGUCCAGAGCCUGUCACGUUGUCGGAGAAACAACUUCUUCGACGGGUACCGAUGAGCAGUUGUAGAAAUCCUGAUAAUGGAAUAGUUGGUAAAUGUUGUCGAGACCCAAACUACGUUGAUCCUUGGCCAGCAUCCAAUCUUCCAGCGAAUUACUCAGGAGGAUUCGACGAACAAGGAUUUCCGACGUUUUUGAAUAUAGCAAAAGUGAGACCGAAUAGCGCACCUGUACAAACUACCAAGAUACCGGUAACGUAUCGACCUCUGCCACCAUUGGAACCCAAAUUGCAACCAGAAAAUUCGAAUAUCUUCACGGAAACUUUAAUACCACCGAGUACAGGCAAAGACGUGAAAAGCACCUUUACCAGGACACAACCGAAAGUAACAUGUGGUACUAGAAAUAAGGUGAUGCAACAACCAGGAAUAGAAGACUCGACGACUGCUUUCGCCGAAAUUCCAUGGCAGGCAAUGGUUUUGCACACUGGAGAAAAAAAAAUCCUGUGUUCUGGCGCGCUAGUUGGUACUCAAGAUAUAUUGACAGCGGCCAAUUGCGUUGACAGCCUUUCGCCGAAGGAUGUUUCGAUAAAGUUAGGAGAAUGGAAAUUGGGAUACGAGUUACCGCACGAGGAACCACUACCUUUCCAAAUCAUCAACGUGUCAUCCAUUAGUACACAUCCUGGUUACGAGCGGGGAACUGGUGAACACGAUCUGGCGAUGUUGCAUCUCGAAAGCCCUCCUACUUUCGACCUCCAUAUAAAUCCUUUAUGUUUGCCAAAGACAAAGCAUUUUGUGCAAAACAAUAAACCAUGUAUUUCCACUGGUUGGGGAAAAUCUAUACUCCAAGCACAUUACGCUGGUGUAAUCAUGAACGUAGUUAACAUGAAAGUGCUAUCAACAGGACGUUGUAAGGAACAAUUAUUAAGCACAAAUUUUGAAGCUGAAGCUGCAGAUGGAACUAUCUGUGCUGCACCUGUAGAAGAAAAGAAUAACGUUUGCGAAACGGAUGUUGGUGGACCGCUUGCUUGUCAAAAUGAACAAGGUGUUUACGAAUUGGUUGGAAUUUAUAGUCAAGACACCGGAUGUCUUCCAACCAAUCAGGUUGCUAUGUUUGCUCCAUUAGAUGGAGUAUGGCUAGAUGAAACCAUACAGAGAUCUGAAGAAAGUCAAUUAAACAUAAAAUAUGAUUAUAGAAAAAGUUCUUUGAUUACGGAUAAUCAGUAUCUACCUCCAGUUUAA